ACGUCGAGGAGCAUACGAGCCGGGUAUGCUAAAGCCGGUUUGUUCCCCUUCAACCCAGACAGGGUACUUAGUGAUACACCGAAGCCCGCUGCUGCACUAGCCGUUCCGAAAAUCAACGAUGUGGAUUCCUGUGCGCAAGACCACGUACCGCAAACGCCCCUGACGCCAGCGUCAGCAGAAGCUAUUACGUCUCUACAUAAUCUGAUUAAACAGGAUGCUCAUAUACUUAACGAGACGAGCAGACAGCGCCUUAAGAGACAUGUACAGAAGCUUACAAACGCCGCCCAACUGUCCUUUGCCGAGCGGACCGCGAGAGUGAUGAGCUAUGAGGACCUCGAGACGGCGCGAGCCGACCGUGCUACGAAAGAGAUCGCGAAAGAAGCUAAUAAAGCUGCGAGAGACGAUAAGAAGGCUGCAAAAGAGGCUAAGAAAGUCGCUAUACUUGAGGCUAAGAAAACUAGCGCGGGCAAGGUAAAACGUGGUCGGAAGCGGAAGAGCCCUGCGGAGGUAUUUGCGCCGGAACCAAAGGCCAGGUUGGCACAGAUGAACGCAAUGUAG